AUGGGGGACGUGACACCAGCAGAGGAGACUGGGCUCAGGGCUGCUUGCUGCCAGUUGUUUGAAUCCAGCAUGAGGAGCGAAGCAAGAAGACUGAGGACUUUUCGGCAGUGGCCAGGCACCUCACCUGUGUCUGCCCGAGAUUUGGUCAAGGCUGGCUUUUUCUUUGUGGGUCCAAGAGAUGAAGUGCAGUGUUUCUGCUGCGGUGGUGUCCUGAAGGACUGGGGACCUGGUGACUGCCCAGUGGCAGAGCACCUGAAGUUCUUCCCUUCCUGUAAAUUCAUUUGUGGUGAGGAUGUUGGGAACCAAGAGAUGCUUCCUCUUCAGGAAAUCUUUGACACUGUGGAUGGGCAGUUCCUCAGUCUGUUGCAGGGGCUAGACAGUGAGGAGACAGCCCUGCCCAACGAACCAGAAUACCCAGAGAUGGUAACAGAGGAGAUGAGACUAUCUACAUUUCAGAACUGGCCGCAAUAUACUGACAUGCAUCCUGAGCAACUGGCUAGGGCAGGAUUCUUUUACACAGGACAAGAUGAUGUAGUGAGGUGUUUUUACUGUGAUGGAGGUGUGAGGAACUGGUCGUUAGGAGAUGAUCCUUGGAGGGAACAUGCCAAAUGGUAUCCGGGGUGUGAAUUUUUAUUGCGGUCCAGGGGGAGAGAAUUUGUUGGCAGUGUUCAGGAGUCCUUUUCUAGCACCCUGAUAUCUCCAAGAGAUUCCUGGGAUCAGACCGAGCAAGAUUCCUUUGCUUCCCAAGAUGCUGUUCAGAGAGAGGCUGAGACAUCAAGUUCAAGAGAAGAAAUGCAAUCUGUGCAACAAAAGGAAUCAGAUGAGUCUCAGAUGAGCACAGAAGAGCAGCUCCGACGCCUGCAAGAGGAAAGGAUGUGCAAAGUGUGCAUGGACAGAGAUGUGUCUGUUGUGUUUGUUCCUUGUGGCCACCUGGUAGCUUGUGGAGAAUGUGCCCUCAAUUUGAGAUUGUGUCCUAUCUGCAGAGCGGUCAUCCGGGGAAGCGUGAGGACUUUCAUGUCCUGA